UCCGCCACGGACCUUUUGUCUCUCGCCAGCCGCCGUUCCCCUUUCCCAGCGCCGAGAGCGCGCCGCGCCCCCGCCAUCUUGUUUCCCCGCGGCCGCCGGAGCUGAGCGAUUCCUGCUGGCGAUGGUUCAUAGAAUCAAAGAAAUCAUUUGAGGAGCAGGGCUGCCCCUCUGAUUGCCAGGGGUUAUGGCAGGGGGAAGAAGGGGACCUAACCGGACAUCCUACUGCCGCAAUCCUCUGUGUGAAACUGGAGCUCCUGGUGGUGCCAGCCACUCCACAACUUCUUCAGUCACUAGUGUGCGUUCACGUACCAGGAGCGGUUCAGGGACAGGUCUUUCCAGCCCUCCUUUGGCAACCCAAACAGUGGUUCCCCUCCAGCAUUGCAAGAUCCCAGAACUGCCCAUUGAGAGGAGCAUCUUGUUUGAACUCCAACUCUUCUUCUGUCAUCUUAUUGCUCUCUUUGUCCACUACAUAAACAUCUACAAAACAGUGUGGUGGUACCCACCAUCUCACCCUCCCUCCCAUACUUCAUUGAAUUUUCAUCUCAUUGAUUUCAAUGUCCUGGCAGUGACCACUAUUGUUCUGGCAAGAAGAUUGAUAAUUGCUAUUGUGAAGGAAGUGAAAGAGGCCUCUCAUACGGGAAAGGUCUCUCUGCCACGCUCCAUCUUCCUGGUCACUAUGCGCUUUGCUGUCCUAACUGGUGCAGGCUGGAGCCUGUGCCAAUCUAUUAUCCACCUCUUCAGAUCAUAUUCACUCCUCAACCUCUUGUUCCUAUGUUAUCCGUUUGGCAUGUACAUCCCCUUCCUGCAACUAAACUGCGACUUCCGUAAGAGCGGCUUCUUCUCUCCUGUGGCCAGCAUUGGCCCUCGCGACACAGGGGACGUCAGCUUGCGGGGAAAGGACUACCUCUCUGUCCUCAAGGAAACUUGGAAGCAGCACACUCGGCAGCUCUACAGCAUGGAGACUAUGCCCACCCAUGCCUGCUGUCUCUCCCCAGAUCUGAUCCGCAAUGAAGUGGAGUAUCUGAAAGUGGAUUUCAACUGGCGCAUGAAGGAGGUGCUGCUAAGCUCCAUGCUCAGUGCCUAUUAUGUGGCCUUUGUACCAGUGUGGUUCGUGAAGAGCACGCAGUAUUACGACAAGCAGUGGUCUUGCGAGUUGUUCCUGUUGGUCUCCAUCAGCACGUCCGUCAUCCUCAUGCAGCACCUGCUCCCUGCCCGCUACUGCGACCUCCUGCAUAAAGCGGCCGCACAUCUGGGCUGCUGGCAGAAGGUCGACCCUUCUCUUUGCUCCAACGUGCUGCAGCAUCAGUGGACGGACGAAUGUCUGUGGCCACAGGGGGUGCUAGUGAAACACAGCAAGAACGUCUACAAAGCGGUGGGCCACUCCAACGUGGCCGUGCCUUCGGAUGUCUCCCACUUCCGCUUUCACUUUUUUUUCAGCAAGCCUCUGCGGAUCUUGAACAUCCUGCUCCUCCUCGAGGGGGCUGUCAUCUUCUACCAGCUCUACUCACUGGUGGUCUCUGAGAAGUGGCACCAGACCAUCUCACUGGCCCUGAUCCUCUUCAGCAACUACUAUGCUUUCUUCAAACUUCUACGGGAUCGCCUGGUGCUGGGGAAAGCUUACUCGUACUCUGCCACCAGAGAGACUGAUCUAAAGCUGAACUGAGGACGAGUUGCAGAAGGUAACAGAGAACAGCAGCUCCAAGCGUUGUUGAGGGCCACCCGAGACUGCAUUGAGGGGCCCCUCGGCUGCCUGCCCUGCCCUGCAGGAGAAGCGUUUCCUCGCUGGGUCACAGAAUAUGCUGGAGCACGGGGCUUGAGAAUCUUGCAGUCAGGCCGGCCCUGAGCUUUGUAUGUCUUUUCUACCAUUUCUUUUGGUUUGGUUUUGCUUUGGUAAGGAAAAUAUCUUAUUUUUCUACUCUCAAUUUCUGUCAGCCUGCUUUGUGGAGCAGUAAGAGCUGUAACAACCACUCAGUCUUAGGAGUAUUUCUUGCUGGUGUCCUGGGCUGCCUGAGAGCUUGUGGGGGGUGUCUGCACUUAGCAAAAAACAACAACAUAAGAUCUGUAAUUUGAACGGCAGUCCUUCCUCUGCUCUCUCUCCCCCAGCCUCCAUAGAAAACAACCCAGUGCUGCAGGUUCUUGAUGGUGGGCAGUCCUGUAAAUCUUUACAGCGGCCAAGAGUUUUUUACAACUCUAGGAAACAUUCUGUUGUGUUCGUUUGUCCAUCCUCGCAAUGACAAUGACAGUAGAGCAGCAACCUUGGCAACUUUUAAAAUGUGUGAACUUCAACUCCCGGGAUUCCUCAUGUCUGGCUGGGAAAUACUGGGAGUUGAAGUCGGCCUGGCAUCCAAGGUUGAGAAACACUCCUGCAGAAGAAGGAAUUGAAACUCUUGAAAUGAUUUCAGCUGACACUUGGAGGGAUGGAAGGGAUUCACCCUUUUGAAGAAAGAGAGUGUGGGGAAGGGAGGUAUAUAACACUCGUAGUUUGGCAGCAUCUUUUCUGACUAAUAAAUGUUAUGAAAAGUUUUAUAAAA